AUAUAUUGCUUUGAUAUGUUAUGCCUCAUGACGCACAACAGAAUGCAAUUCAGGUGCCGUAGUUUCAAUAUUUAUGCAUUAAAUGCGUUUCUGCCAAUGUGACAACCACAGCAAUAAAUUAGUCAAUACAAAUUAUCUUACAGCUGAUCUGAAACGUUUUUGUUCCAAACAGAUGUAUGCAGAACUCCAGAAAACAAAGGAGUCUUUUGAAACUGCAUAUGAAGAUCUGAAGAAUGACGUGGAGACAAUGAAUACAAUGAUUGUCAAUUAUGGACCGGCCGCAGCCCAUCUCAGGGAUGAAAAGUUAACGUGUGAAGCUCAGGCCACGGAUCUGAAGGACAUGCUUAUGGCACUAGUGAAUGAGUUAGAAGAGCUUAGGCUCUUCAAACAACUUCAAGAACAGAAACACGCAGAUCUUACAGAUGAAAUGAAAAUGGUUGAAGCAGAAAACAAGGCACAUAAAGUCAUACUUGUGGCAAAGGAGAGUGAAUUAACAGAUCUACAACUCAACAUAAAACAACUCGAACAGGCAGUUGCAAAUCUAGAGGAUGAAAACAUGAGCAUUGAACAUUCACAAAAGGAACAAACAGUCGAUCUGAAGGCUUUAGAGAAGUUGAUAGCAGAUCUUGAACUUGAAAUAACACAGCAAGAAGAGAUAUUUGCAGGCCUCAGGGAUGAAAAGCAAAGGGUUGAAGCUGCAAACGUUGAACUUGAAGUCAUACUUGUGGAAAAGGAGAGAGAAUUAACAGAUCUACAAUACUACACAAAUCAACUCGAACAGGCAGUUGCAAAUCUAGAGGAUGAAAACAUGAGCAUUGAACAUUCACAAAAGGAACAAACAGUCGAACUGAAGGCUUUAGAGAAGUUGAUAGCAGAUCUUGAACUUGAAAUAACACAGCAAGAAGAGAUAGUUGCAGGCCUCAGGGAUGAAAAGCAAAGGGUUGAAGCUGCAAACGUUGAUCUGACUGAACGAACAGUCAAACUGAAGGCUUUAGAGAAGUUGAUAGCAGAUCUUAAACUUGAACAAACACAGCAAGAAGAGAUAGUUGCAGGCCUCAGGGAUGAAAAGCAAAGGGUUGAAGCUGCAAACGUUGCGCUGAAUGACAAAAUUAAGGCCAUGGAGCAAGAGAUUAAAGAUCUUAAGGUGGCCAAGAAAAAUGAAGAACAGAUAUCCGCAAAUCUUCGACUUGAAAAAGAAAAGGCUGAAUCUGCACAACGAGGACUGAAUGAGAAAGUUAUGGAAUUGGAGAAGAAAGCGACAGAUCUAAAACGGCAACAACAGACAUCGGCAUCUAGCAGCGUUAUAAACAUAUGGCCCGAAGGACAACAGACAUCGCUGAAUGACAAAAUUAAGGCCAUGGAGCAAAUGAUUAAAGAUCUUAAGGUGGCCAAGAAAAAUGAAGAACAGAUAUCCGCAAAUCUUCGACUUGAAAAAGAAAAGGCUGAAUCUGCACAACAAGGACUGAAUGACAAAGUUGUGGAAAUGGAGAAGAAAGUGACAGAUCUAAAACGGCAACAACAGACAUCGGCAUCUAGCAGCGUUAAAAACAUAUGGCCCGAAGGACAACAGACAAGCCUGAAUGACAAAGUUGUGGAAUUGGAGAAGAAAGCGACAGAUCUAAAACGGCAACAACAGACAUCGGCAUCUAGCAGCGUUAUAAACAUAUGGCCCGAAGGACAACAGACAUCGUUAAAUGACAAAAUUAAGGCCAUGGAGCAAGAGAUUAAAGAUCUAAAGGUUGCCAAGAAAAAAGAAGAACAGUUAUCUGCAAGUCUUAGAGAUGAAAAGAGAACGGUUGAAACUGCGCAUCACGAACUGAAUGACAUAUAUGUCGCAAUGGAGAAAGAUUUUGAGGACCUCGAACUUGCCAAAAAACGUGAAGAACAGACACCAGCAAUUCUCAGUGAGGGAAAACAAAUGGCUGAAAAUGAGUACAAAGAUAUGAAUGAUCAAAUGAUUGCGAUGAGAAAGGAGAUAGCAGAACUGAAACGUGCCAAACAAGAAGAGGAACAGACACCAGCAAUUCUCAGUGAGGGAAAACAAAUGGCUGAAAAUGAGUACAAAGAUAUGAAUGAUCAAAUGAUUGCGAUGAGAAAGGAGAUAGCAGAACUGAAACGUGCCAAACAAGAAGAGGAACAGUGAGACUUCUGAAGGGCUGAGCACCUGAACAGGUGUGGGAAAUUUAAGAGGAAUGUAGUCAUCCAGCACACAACUGCUGGUGCUGGUGCUGGUGUUGCUGCUGCUGGUGUUGCUGGUGCUGGUGCUGGCCAAGGGUGUGAAGUUGAUCGGGUUCUGGUAUGAGGACCAAGACUCCGGAGCGCUGAAACAAAUUUGAUAGUGUGUGUUGAUGUAUCAUUUAAGGGGGGAAUCCUUUUGUGUGAAUAGAUAAUAUUGUAUGUAAAACCGUUGACACUUUUUGUUAAUAUUAACUAAGUACAUUCAUUAAUUUGAGAUUGCUGGUCAUAACAAUGAUAGUUCAAUGACAGUUCUUAUAUUGACCAAAUAUAUUUAACACAUUUUUAAUUGUGAAUUGUGAAUAGCAGUAUAGUACAUAUUUUUUAUGUAGGGUACCUUGUUGUACUGGCAUUUUCAGGGAAUGAAUCAAAGCCAUCCAAUCCACUUAUGGUAGUGUUAUCACGUCCCAGAAUGUUUUGAACAACCUCGGCAACUGUCGACAAUUCAGGUCCAGCCGGACAACUACCUGUAAAUAAUUAAAUGAAUUUUGUCGUUCUUUCAUAUCUUAUCAAUUGAACUUUGUAUCCUUUUUCCUAUAUUGAUUUUGUAUAUGUACAGUGUGUAAAUCUAUAUCUGUUGUUAUAGUCAUCAAUAUACCCAAGUUAUUCAAAUUUGAUGCUGUUGAUACUGUUUUAAAUUUAAUAUCAUGAUAUAUAUGCUAAAGUUAUUCUUCUUCCACUGGGAUGUAGUAUUUAUGCAGCAUGUUUAUAUUAUUCUGGAAUCAAAUUGGAAUGUCAUUCUUCACAUUAUAGAUAUGAAAUAAA